CACCUUGCCACUAAAAUGUUCAUUCCCUUUGAGCAUUUUAUCUGUCCCAUUAUGCAUUUCGUCCUGGUGUUGCUACUGGGCGUGCCCGCCAUCAGCGCCGUAUCGCUUGUUCCGGAGAGCUAUAUGAAAAUCCCUUACAAUGCUGCCGGAAGCACGACCCCGUUUAGAAAUACUGCCAUCAAAAUGGCUCUGGAUCCUGAAGACGAGUUCCUAUACGUAAUUGGUGACUACAACUGGGACAACAAUGACGGCCGGGACGGCUUCGUCCACAUCAUCGACGUCCGUAACACGUCCGCACCGAGCAUCGUGCACUUCAAGCUCUUCUCCAACGCCAACGACGGCAUCCCGACAGACAUAGCGUUCUGCAGGUCCGGUAACACACAGAGAGUGGCCAUCACAUUCAAGUCGAACAACAAGGGGGUGGAGGGACAUCUGCAGGUCUGGAAACCUUACCUGCGUUUUGACAGAACCUUCACUCCAGAGAGAUCGCCCUCCACAGUGGGAGUGGACCCAGUGGCGGUAGUUGUUGACCCGACCUGUAGCUACUUCGUGGUAGCCAGUCAGUCAAGACCGUCCAUGGUGGCGGGAGUGUUUGAGGACAGGGAGCCCGAGAUUGAGAUCAUAGAACUCACCAGUGACGGAUCCGUCGUCGUCACAGUCUCUCUGGACACUGCUGUCAACCUAGACGAGAAUCACGUGCGGUACAGCUUCAGACCGACAGGCGGGAACAUCAAGACUCAGCUCGAGCCGUCCUACGUGUCCAUGGACGAGGCGCAAAACGUCUACAUCUCAUUCUCGGUGAACAAUGCCAUUGCCAAGUUCAACCUCCCACUGUACAGAGAUCCCGCCACUAGGAACGACAACCCUCUCAAGUUCUUCUACCAAGGGGAGAAACACUGGUCCAAUUAUAAGAUCGACUGUUCUGAUUCAGAAGAGGCCAGUUACCGUGUGAAUAUGUCUGCCAAGAACAUCUACUCGUUCUUCCAGUCGGAGACUCUAGUUCCGUUUAGGUGGACAGGGGAUAACGAAAUCUACCUGGUGGCGGCAGACACCGGGGCAUUCAGAACCUACACCGUGGCCAGGGACGGGAUCGACUAUCACGAGGGGAUCCGAGGCAGACAGUUCCAGUCUGGUGAUUUAGACAGCAGCACCGUACCCGUCUCCGAAUUGAGCAACAACAGGAUAUUAGGACGAAUGUACUUCAGUGGAAACCAGAUACCAACUGACGGUUGGAAUUCCAUUUCUAACAAAUUUGAAAAGGUGUAUGGUUUCGGCACGAGGAGUAUUUCGAUCUGGACGACACAGCGGGGAUCCGCCCAGAAUGAGAUACACGAGGUGUGGGAAAGUGGAAACAAACUCGCCAUGACAGUCGCCACCAACAAACCGGAAGUCUUUAAUGGGGACUGCAGCAGCACCUCUGUGACGCCGUCUGGGGAAUUCGACAGACGGUCACCACACAAGGGUGUUGAGCCAAAAGGUCUUGCUGUGACCACCUUUAACAAUCAGCAGGUGGCGGUGAUCGGCAGUGGAAGGAUGGGUGGACUGUUCGUGUAUCAUUUCGACGCCAACUUUGACGGCACGAUCCAUGGCGUCGAGGACAGCUUCCUCCGCCCAGGUCGCGUGGACGACUCGUGGGCCAAUCUCUAUAACAGCGUCAACCCCAUGGACGCCGGGCUGGGCAAAAUUGCUCAAAUACUUUCCAUCAUGCAUUUCGUCCUGGUGUUUCUACUUGGCGUGUCCGCCAUCAACGCUGCAGUACAACUUGUUCCGGAGAGCUAUGUGAAGAUUCCAUACAAUGCUGCCGGAAGUACUGUUCCAUUUAGAAAUACUGCCUUGAAAAUGGCGCUGGAUCCCCAAAGCGAGUUUUUAUACAUUCUUGGCGACUACAACUGGGACAACAACGACGGUCGGGACGGCUUCGUCCACAUCACCGACGUCCGUAACACGUCCGCACCGAGCAUCGUGCACUUCCAGCUAUUCUCCAACGCCAACGACGGCAUCCCGACAGACAUCGCGUUCUGCAGGUCGGGCAACACACAGAGAGUGGCUAUCAUAUUCAAAUCCAACAAGAGGGUCGUGGGGGGACACUUGCAAAUCUGGAAACCGUACUUGCGAUAUGACAGAACGUUCACUCAAGAGAGGUCGCCCUGCACAGUUGGGGUGGACCCAGUGGCGGUUGUCAGUGACCCUAGCUGUGACUACUUCGUAGUGGCUAGUGAGGCGAGACCAGGCAUGGUUGGAGAAGUGUUCGAGGACAGGGAGCCGACGAUUGAGAUUGUAGAGCUCACCAGUGACGGAUACGCUGUCGUCACCGUCUCUUUAGACACUGCUGUCAACCUGGACGAGAACCACGUGCGGUACAGCUUCAGACCGACAGGCGGGAACAUCAAGACCCAGCUCGAGCCGUCCUACAUGUCCAUGGACGAGGCGCAAAACGUCUACAUCUCAUUCUCGGUGAACAAUGCCAUUGCCAGGUUUAACCUCCCAUUGUACAUAGAUCCCGCCACUAGGAACGACAACCCUCUCAAGUUCUUCUACCAAGGAGAUAAACACUGGUCCAAUUAUAAGAUCGACUGUUCCGAUUUAGAAGAGGUUAACUACCGUGUGAACAUGUCUGCCAGGAACAUCUACUCGUUCUUCCAGUCGGAGACUCUGGUUCCAUUUAGGUGGACAGGGGAUAACGAAAUCUACCUGGUGGCGGCAGACACAGGGGCGUCCAGAACCUACAACGUGGAUAAAGACGGAAUCGACUAUCAGGAGGGAAUCCGAGGCAGAGAAUUUCAGUCUGGUGACUUAGACAGCAACACCGUACCCAUUUCUGAGCUGAGCAACAACAGAAUUUUAGGACGAAUGUACUUCAGUAAUAACCAGAUACCAACUGACGGUUGGAAUUCCAUUUCUAACAAAUUUGAAAAGGUGUACGGUUUCGGCACGAGGAGUAUCUCGAUUUGGACGACACAGCGGGGAGCCGCCCAGGACGAUAUACACGAGGUGUGGCAGAGCGGACACAAACUCGCCACGACAGUUGCCGCCAACAGACCGGAAGUCUUUAACGGGGACUGCAGUGGCGGCUGGCUGGCCCCGUCUGCCGAAUUCGACAAAAGGUCACCGCACAUGGGUGUGGAGCCAAAAGGUCUUGCUGUGACAACCUUUAACAAUCAGCAAAUCGUCGUCAUCGGCAGCGGAAGAAUGGGCGGGCUGUUCGUGUACCGUUUUGACAGCAACUUCGACGGGACGGUCUAUGGGGUAGAGGAGAGCUUCCUGCGCCAAGGCCUCGUGGACGACUCGUGGAGCAAUCUCUAUAACAGCGUCAACCCCAUGGACGCCGGGCUGGGCAGAAUUGCUCAGAUAUUGGUGAUUGAGAAUCCCAAUGACAACUCGGACAGAACAGUGGUCGCUCUCUGCCAGGGUCUCGGGGUCAUCGAGUUCUUCAAGAUGACCUCAGUUUAACUCACACAUAAAGGAUACAACACCACGAGAAAGAUGAAUGAAAGUGUGAGCCAGCUUUGAUAGGAUUUGAACCACUGUCGUCAGCUUCACAGUCCAACAGCUUCCCCACUGGACCACAGAGCUGUCUAAAACAAACAAUACUUCAGUUUAACAUACAAUAGAUGUCUGCCUU